UUUGGGCUCCUAACUGUUAUUUUAAGACUCACGUGACAAAUUGUGAAUCGUCCUUUAAGAGGAAAUCUGAUGAGUCUUGAUUUUAUUUUAGUCGAGCAGUCAGGCAGUAAGUUUCUAUUGCUGGGAAACGAAAGUUAAGAUGCCUUCGAACGAGAAGCGAAUUUGCUGACCUUAAAACUCACUAAGGGCUCGAGUUUUUCCUAUUGUUUUCUCACAGUUUCUUUCAUAAGUCUCCGUGUUUUCUCUCGUCUCUCUCUACGUUGAUGAAGCGGAGUUUCUGCAGGUUUGUAAUUCGCUGCGGCGAACUGUCGUCUGUUCGCUUCGUCCCACCUCUAUCAAUCCAAAGUCCUUUCUGCAUCAUUAUAAAUAUCAUGCUCAACAUCACAACGUUCACAGCAAAGCAGAAGUUGGACAACAGCUACUGACUUUAUGCCAACGGACCCAAAAGCUGCUUCAGACUAAUAUUUAGAGAAAUACUGAGUGAAGGAAACAGCAGAAUAAUGAGUGCUGCUCAGAGUCAGUCAAUACUGGAGGCCAAACUGAAGGCCCUGCAAUGCCACUUCACCUGGGACAUCGACUCCAGCAGGUCCAGACUUUUAUAUCUCAGAGGCAAGCUGGAGGACAUCAGCACUGAGGAGGGAAACAGCUGGCUGGGUCACAUUUACAACCUGCAGGGGUACAUUCACUGCCAGCUGAGCAUUCAGUACCAGCAGAGCUCCACUGAAGACGCCCGGUGUUUCUUCAGCAAGGCCACAGAGGCCUUCCGCCGGUCAAGAAACACCAUCUCAGAUGAAGGUCCCUGGUUGUUGGUGAACUACGGGAACCUGGCUUGGCUGCACCACCACCUGGGAGAACAAGCAGAGUGUCAGACUUACUUGUCAAAGGUCGACGCCCUGCUGAAAGAAUACCCAUCUCCAUCCCAGGACGAGCUCCAUCCAGAGAUCUACGCUGAAAAAGCCUGGACCCUGAUGAAGUUUGACAAAGACCAAUACCUUCUGGCUGCAGAUUACUUCCAGAGAGCCAUCAGGAUGCAGCCAGACAUGGUGGAGUGGAACACCAGCUGUGUCUUAGCAUUAGUGAAGGCUUAUAAGUUCGACGACACACCAGUGGAGGACGACGUCCUGGACAAAUUGAGAAUGGCCAAGGAACAGGAUCCAGAGAACUUGUACCUUGCUGCUCACGACCUUGAUCAACGUGGUAGGAAAGGAGAAAAAAUUGAAGAUGAAGCACGUGAGUUAGCCAGAAAGGUUUUGGAAAAUCCUGUCAGCAGCUACAGUGGUAUGAAAGCAUUAUUAAGGGUUUACAUAAAACAUGUAUCUGUUGAUGAAGCUGUUGCUCUGGCAGAGGAGGCUCUGGAAAAACAUCCAGAUGAACGUUACCUGAAGAAGUGUGCUGCACUCUGCUACAGAUGGAGGAUUGUUUUUCACAACGACAGUCACCUAAAGCAAAGCAUGAUAGACAGAGGAAUCAGUCUCCAUAAAGAAAUUAUUUCUCUUUACAAUCAUCCGUCACUUCUGAAGAAAAUAUCCCUCGCAAAUAUAUACGCAAAGUCAAAUCACAGCCAGUAUGAAGCUGAGAAGAUUUACCAGGAACUGCUAGAAAUGGAUCUGGGCCCUGUAAAGAAACAAAUGAUUUACAACUACUACGCAAAACAUUUAAACUUUGAUCGACGAGAUUACAACAGGUCGAUAGAAUAUCACAUGAAGGCAGCAGAGAUACCGCACCAAUCUUACUAUCGAGAGUACAGCAUCAAAGUUCUGAGGAAGAUUAAAGAAAGAAACAGGAGCCGAAUGUGUGGAGAAAUAGAGGAGUUACUGGCCAAACUGGAAGUCUAGAAAAUCCUAUAUCUAGAAGAAAGUGAAGGUACAAUAUGUUUUUGGAUUCAUAUAUAACCUUGGUGUUUUCUAUAUAACCGGUGUGUUGAUUUUGUUUUUUUCUUAGCACUGUUGAAACUUCACUGUUGUGUGAAAGAUGCUUUGCUGUAAGCUUUGUAGUAGUGAAAAAUAAAACUGUCUGAUGAGAAAUGUAAUAAUUAAUAUGAUGUAUAACCUGAAUAUAAUCACAAAGUGGAACUGAUUGUGUUGGUAGAAACUUGUAUCUCACUUGUACACUAUACUAAUACUAUUAAAUAAACAAUAUAAAAUCUAAUA